AAAAAAGAAACAAAUGAUUAUUUUAGGUGUUUGUUCAUUAAGUUUUUCAGCAAGUGGAAGAUUUUUAUUAUCAGUUGGUGUUGAUUCACCAUAUACGAUAGCUGUAUGGCGAUGGGAGGAAGGUGUUAAUGUUGCAUGUUCAAUUGCGUCAGAACAACGAGUAUUUCGUGCACUAUUUUGCCCAAAUUCAGAAACAGAAUUUGUAUCAGCUGGUGUUAAACAUUUAAAAUUUUGGUCUCUUGCUGGAAAUACAUUAGUUGAAAAAAAAGCUGUGAUUCCUAAAACAGGCGAUGGAAAAGGACUAACAAAAAUGCAAACAAUGCUCUCAAUUGCAUUUGGAACAGGAAAUCGUACUUACACGGGUAGUAUGACUGGUUUAGUAUUUAUUUGGAUUAAGAAUAGAUUAUUAAAAACAGUUAAUGCACAUUUGGGACCGAUUUUAUCCAUGUUUAAUUCAAAUGAUUGCCUCAUUACGGGUGCAAAAGAAAAACGUUCUUUGGGAUCACAAAGAGAACUUGAACCACUUAAAGUAUGGGAUUUUGAUAUGAAUAAUGGAAAAUCAAUAAAAAUUAAUUUAACUAAAACUGAUACUAAAAUUGAUACAAUCUGUGUUAGAUCUGUUUGUAGAAAUUCACAAGGCAAAAUUUUAGUUGGCUUGAAAACUUCGGAUAUUAUCGAAAUAGAUGGUACAUCCUCAAAUUCAGAAUCACGACCCUUAGUUUUUGGUCAUGGUGAAGGUCAAUUAUGGGCAUUAGCACCUCAUCCAACUGAAGCAAUGUUUGUUACUGGAAGUUAUGAUCGAAAUCUUGUUGUUUGGAAUAUUAGUACUAAAGGUUUAAUAGUUAAACGUGAUAUGGGAAAAGAAAUUCGUAGUGUUGCAUUCGAUGGUGAAGGAGCUUUAAUAGCUGUUGGUUGUAAAGAUGGACAAAUUAGUUUAGUUACUUUUUCAUCUGAAGAGAAAAUAUUAAAUGAUGUUUUUAAAACAAGAGAACGUAGUACUGCAAUUCUUUGUAUCAAAUUUAGUCCUAAUAGACAAUUAUUAGUUGCUUCAUCAGAAGAAUGUUGUUUGGAUUUUUUUGAAGUUAAUGUAGAUGAAAAAAAAUUACAACGUGUUGGUUAUGUAACACGUAUUGCUGAUGCUGUUUUAUAUAUUGAUUGGUCAACAGAUUCAAAAUAUAUUAGAGCAACGACAGCCGGAUUUCAUGCAUAUAUUUUCACAGCACCCGCUGGUGAAGAAGUUAAAAAUCAUGAAGACAUCGAAAAAAUUGUUUGGAAUACAUGGACAAGCACACUUGGCGAUGAUAUACUUGGUAUUUGGCCAAAAGAUGUGAAAAAAGAUCAUAUUAAUUGUGCACAUGCAACAUCAUCAACAAUUGCGACUGGUGAUGAUCAAGGAGCAGUGAAAUUAUUUAAAUUUCCAUGUCCAGAAGAGGGAGCUGAAUAUAAAGCUUAUUAUGGUCAUUCUGAUAAUGUUACAAAUGUUCGAUUUCUUGCAAAUGAAAAAUAUUUAGUUAGUUUAGGUGGUGAUGAUUGUUGUAUCUUCUUAUGGGAAUGUAUCAUGGAUACCAAGAGUGAAGAUGAAGAUUAG